GUUUUCAAAGGAUACAAAAUUGUAAAUUUUAACUGUAAAUUCAUGCAAAUGCCACGGUCUCUCUAUGUAUUGUUUGUUUUCACUGUCAAUCGUUACAAUGAGGUGAGGACAGCGACAAAGUAUCUUUGGCGACACUACUGUCUUGCAAAGCAUAAGGUUAGAGAAAAAGUAAAGGAAAAAAACUUGUUCCAAAAUGGCGACGAAGAUCUGCCUGUCCAUUGGAAAACAAUAGAAAUAGCAAAGAGGGGCAGAGUUUGAUUGUUGUCGCAAUUUGUUUUUGUUUUGCAUUUGACCUAACUGCAUCAGAUUCGGGUUGUGUGUUUCUAGCUAUCUGCAGUACUGGACGAAGUAGUCUGGGUAUCAUGCUUUGUUAUAGUUGGUUUUCAAGCUAGCUAGCUAACACCGUUACAUCCGUAUAUUGUUGCAGUUGGCUGCUAGCUAUCAAGUCACAUUAUUUGGAUCUACACCGACGAUCAGCUCGCCAGGCAGAACACAGGCAACAUUUGACUUGCAAGUCAAGUUGUGCGCACUUUUGUUAUUACAAAGCAAACGUUUUUAGUGUUUUGUAGGUCGGUGGUAAUCGGUAACUUGACGUUUUAUCCUGCCUAGCUAGCAGAAGUUAAUUGCCGGAGUAAGUUACUGUAGCUACAGUAGUUAGCUAGCUUAGUAGAAACACUCAGCGUCACUUGGUUUAGCUAGCUAACUUCAUGGCUAACGUUAGCUAGUUAACGGUAACUGAAUUUCACAAUGAGACUGGUAUGUUUGUUGUAGCUAACCAGCUACGUAAAGUUGGGUAAGUAGUCAGUAAGAUGUUUUAAAAUAUUAAUUGUUGGUAAUGUAAACUAUAACAAUCUUACACGGUGAAAUGUUUGUUCUAGCUAAUACGGUUCAGUUUUGCGAUGGCUAGCUAAAUGUUAGAUAGCUACUGUAGCGGCUAAAGUGAAAGUUAUGGGCUUUUCUCGCACAAACUUUGGAUGUUUGACCAGAGGAAUGUUAGGAAGUCCCAUACUAGCAUUUUAGUGAGCAGCUAGCUAACGGUAACUUGGCUAGAUUAGUGUCUCAACUAAUGAUAUUUGACGUGCGUAUCUGUGAUACAAUGAAUUAAUUUAGUAUAUUAAAGAUACAUGAGUUUAAUUUGAACUUUUUCAUUCAUAUAGACAAGGCGUGAAUGAGCUUUUGCGAAUUUGUCUUAGCCAAUGCAGGGGGCCUUUAGCUAGUUAGCUAGCUAACGUUAGCCAGACAGUUAUUAGUGGCAAUAUUUUUCAGGAUGUGAUAGAUACGGUGCACUAUCUACCUUGCUGGCUAGGCAGUUGAACAAUAUUUUAUUAAUCGUCUUUUUCGUGCGUUUUCCGAGUGUCGUGACUAAAGUCUAUUAGUAAGACAAAGGUCGACUAUGGAAGCAGUAACGUUAGUUAACACUCUGUAAAAGGGUACCGGGUAUAGACGCCCACCCUGAAAAGGAGCAAAUUCAGCAUUUUAUCCCGACUGCCGAAACCUGAGUCCAGAGUUUAAAACACUCUUUAUUGAUGAUGGCCGAUUUUGUAGUGCCGCGACACAGUGCGGUGAUGGAACGACUCCGCCGUCGAAUCGAGCUCUUCAGGAGGCAUAACACCAGCUGCGAGAACCGCUACGACAACACAGCGAGGGAGCGGCUGGAGAUGGAACGGCAGCAGACCUUUGCACUGCACCAACGGUGCCUGCAAACCAAGGCCAAGCGGUCGAGUAAGCACAGACAGCCAACAUCCGACCAAGCAGUUCAGAGAGGGUCAGGGACCGGGGGCAACAACGCAGACCUAGGGGAUGGUGGGACGCCCGAGCAGAGCAGAAACAGCACUUUGAUUGCGUUGCAGGAGUCAGUGAAGAGGAAGCUGGAGAGCGCUGGCUCCCCUGGUCAGGUCAACGGCUUCAGCGAUGGCUACCCCCCGUCCAAAAAGGCUUGCCUAGACAACGGCACGUCCAACGGCGGCAUCCCCCCUCGCUCACCCCUGGACUCCAAGCACGGCAUUGGCGCUGACUCUCUCAUACCCAAUGGUGGAGAACAUCGUGGAACCGCCGCUGGGGAGCAGGAGUUCCGGCUCAAAGAGAUGAAGCAGGAGCCCAUGGAUGACAUCCUCCCCUGCAUGCUGCCGUCAGGGGGCGGAGCCAGCAACAGCCUCUUCCCUGACCUCAACGAGCAGGAGUGGACGGAGCUCAUGGAGGAGCUCAACCGCUCGGUGGCCUAUGAGGACAUCCAGGACAUCCUCAACGACGGUUUCGAGGACCGCAAGGACCCUCCUGAUCUGGCCGGACCCACCCCUGGGACAGGCGCACAGUCUGGGGGAACCUCACAAGGAGGCCUCCUGCUUCCGGACCUGGCCAGCGUCAAGGCAGAGUUCUCCCCGGCCUCUACCGCCUUCGAGCAGGACUCAUGCGCCGGCUCGCCCCACGCCAGGCCCAAGUCAUCGGGGCCGCCCAUGCAGCACUCCGCCAGCUUCCCGGGAGCAGCCACCUCCACCGUCUCCUCCCCGGCCCUGCCCCAGCCCCUCAGCCAGCAGCCUCCCCCAUCCAGGCAGCUCCCUCCCCAGAACCACCGCCUUCCCCCGGGGCCUGUCUCCAAAGACCUGUCCCCUGCCCAGCAGCUCCAGCAGCUAGCUGCCCAGCAGCAGAGAGCCCAGCAGAUGCAGUCCCAGCUCCAACAGCAGCAACACGCUCAGAAACAGCAGCAAGCCCAAAAACAACAGCAGCAGCAAGCCCCCAAAUUCCACCCCUCUGGGUCCCACCCCUGCCGUCCAUCUUGGCCACCCCAGUCGGCCCCGUCUCAGAGCCCCGUAGGGGGAGCUUACGGCCUGGAGAAGCCCACCAGCCCCUCCCUCUACCCCCAGGACUUCCCAAAUAACCCCAAGCCCCAGCUGAUGAUGCCCGGACAGCCCAACAAGGGCUCACCCAAAGCCGUGGCCGGCGGGUACCUGCAGCCCGGAGGCCCCCACACCAACAUGCUGGGUCACCCUGCCCAAGGACCAGGGGCUCCGCUUAGCCACCCUGCAGCAGCAGGCCCUGGGGGCCUGGGCUCUGCCAUGCUCAACUACAGCAAUACCAAGCCCCUGUCCCACUAUGAGGCUGCGGCCCAGGGGCCACCGCAGGGCCCCCCCAGUGCCCAGAGCCAGAACAAGGCAGUGCUGCUGUCGCUCCUCAGACAGCAGCAGCAGAUGAAGCAGAAGCAAGGUCUGUCCUUCAGACCACAGCUACCCCACGGCCAGGAACAGAACGUAUACCCUGCCGCACCGCACGGCCCUGGACCUGGCAACGCCAUGGCCCCCCAGCUGGGGGGGCCCGGCAACGGAAUGGCGGGAAACCACGGCAACGUCGCCUACCUGUCGGGGCAGGCGGCGGUGAAGCAGCAGCUGAUGGAGCAGCAGAAACAGUUCCUACUGGGCCAGAGGCAGCAGCUGAUCAUGGCCCAACAGGAAAAACAGCGUCAGCAGCAAGAGCAGCAGCUCCAGAGGCACCUGACCCGUCCCCCUCCCCAGUACCAGGACCAACAGAACCAGCAACCUGGCGCACAGAACAACCCCUUCCAGCAGCAGCAGGUUGCCCAGUUUACAGGUUCGUCACAGCCAUUGAGCAACGUUGGUACGCUGGGAGGCCCCGCCCCUGGAGCUCAGCGAAUGUUCCCCCAGACGCAACAAGGCAUGAUUGGUAUGACCAUGGGCCAACAGGGUGGUGCUGGCCCCACCCCUGGUGUCCCCCCUCCCUCCAGCCAGGCAGACAUGAGCCUCGCCUCCUGUGUAGGUGUUAUGGACUCUGCCUUACAGCAUCAGGUACUCUACAGCAACAUGAACAUGCACCCCUCCCAGCAAAGUUCCAUGCAGAGGCAGCCUGUAAGCAAUAUGGGCGUCUCCUACCGACAGAACAUGCUAUCCCAGCAGCAACACCUUAAAAACCAGCCUAACGCCGCCCUGCUGAAACAACAGCAGCAGCAGUUAGCCAGACUACCCGGCUCCAUGCCUGGCRGCAACAUGCCCAGUGUUAUGCCCAACGCCAUGCAGAGCACCCAGAGCCAAACUUGGCAGCAGCAGGGCAUGCAGCAAGCUAUGGGUGCCCAGCAGCCUCCCUCCAGCAACGGAGGUCUCCCGCCCAAUGCCUUUGCCAACCCCAACGCCUUCCACAUGCAGCAGCAGACCCACAUACCAAACAAGAUGCCUGUUGGCAACACCCCCUUCGGCGCCAAUGCCAACGGCAGGCCCAUGGGCGCCAUGAACACUGCCCAGAAACAGAUGAUGCAGCAGGCCCAGCAAAGGACUGCAGCCAACCCCCAAGCUUCCCUUGGGCAGCCCUUAGGCCCAGGGCAAGUCUUACCCAAUCAGCAACAGCAGCAGGGUUCCCAAGGCCAGGGGGUGUUGCCCGACCUGGGUGCCUUUGGUCAGCCGCAGGGGGGGUGUUUGGUCAGCCAGGGGCUCCAGUGCAGACAGCAGGGCUACCAGGUCAACAGAACUGCUAACCAACAGCAGCAGCAGUUGCCGUUUAUCUACAACACUGGGUCAGGGGCUAGCAGUUUGCCCAGCUUCCCUGGUGAGAGUGACCUGGUGGACUCUCUGCUGAAAGAACGCAGCACGCAGGAGUGGAUGGACGAUCUGGAUGAGCUCUUAGCUAGCCACCAUUGAUGAGUUUUAAUGAACAGGAGCGUCUCAAUAGUCUGUAGUGGCUUCCUCUUCUCCAUCUGCGCCAAUGUUAGAGCCGGAUGGUUGAGAGCAAGUGUCUGCUAGGCAUCCGUCUUCCAUGUUGUGUUCACCUUGCCUUUUCAGAUCAGUAGAUUAAGACUGAGAGGCGCUGGGGAGAGGAAGCCUUCAGGCAAGUGAGAUUCAUCUGAUGAGUUGGUGAGAUGGAAUGUUGGUGUAUGUGUUCUAAGCCAAUUGCCAAUGAAAGGCAGGAACAGCGAAGGUUACUAAUGGAAUCCUGUUACUGUUCUGACACGGCUAAGAGACGGUCAUCCUCACUAUUGUGUGUACUGUGUAUAUAAAGUCAGGAGAAUGAUUGGAUGGGAAUGAUGGUGUGCAGGACCAAAACCCCUGUGUUGAUUCCUAUUGGAGUAUUUCCCCAGGACUGGGAGACGUAUAGAAAGAACUCUGCUACUAUUACUACUACUGAACCUGUGACUCAGUACUAAACCACUGAAUCAAGGGUGAAUCAAACGUGGCGCACACACACUUUGUCUACGCUUACCAAACAAGCAUCACCACAGUAGAGGUGCUUAUUUUGAUUUCAUUGCCCCCUACCCGUCCUCUGCUUUGUUAGAAGUUGCGGCCUUAAAUGCAAAUGAAUGCUCUAUGUAGCAGAGGUGACCUAGUAACACAUUCCCCCAUGUCAAAUGUUGGUGGUGAUACACUAGAUAUUGCUAAUAAAUAGACGUAUGCCACCUCUCCCCUACUCCCAAACCAAUGAUGAGGUGAUCAGGAGACUCAACUGUGGCGGCCAUAUUCAUUUGGUUAGCCAGUGCCCAUUAGUUGGUAAGUGUGGACCCAUAUGUUAUAAGAGACAAGACUGUUCCUCUGUUAGUUGUGCAACUGCCCCCCCCCCCCCCCCCCCACCCCCACCCAUGGAGGCAGGUUACACAUGUAAAGUGACAAAUGGGGACCUAGUCCCAACACCACCCAAAUACACUUUUGAAUGAUGCUUGUAUCAUGUUUCUAAAAUGGUCUCCCUUUAGGUUCGUUACCAUGUUUGACUAGGUUACCCUAAAAUCACUGUCUUUAAACAUUCAGUCCAUUGUCAUUUUAAUAACCAAGCUAUAAGAUAAUGUAUGAAUAGUGGACAUUAUUGCCUUCAGACCCAUUGCAGACAAUCUUUUUCCAUUCCCUUGAACGACAGUACAGCCAGAUACUUAAGUUGAGAUGCUUGAAUUUGUUCAUCCUCUUUUGUGUCAGGGGCUCCUUGUACAUUUUUCGAUAUAUUUUUUUGUAUGUAUGCAUUUUCCGAUUUGUUCUGAAGAUAGAUCUUAUUUUUAUAUGUAUAUUGCAGCGGAUUUUUGUAAGUAUUUCAUACUUUUAAUAUGGUUCUCUGUAAAACAAGAGUAUUAUGUAAAUAUAGUUAUUUAGAAACGGA